UAAAACCCUCUUAUCUCUCUUAUACUCUUUCUUUCCUCAUGCCGUCACAGCAUAGGAUUGAGAAACAGAGGAUUUGAGACUAGGAUUUGCAGGAAGAGAAGAGAGGGGGAGAGACGCAGGAAGAAGAAGAAGAAGAGGAAGACGAGAGAGGGAGAGAAGAGGCGCAGCAGCGGCAGCACGCAGGAGGAGAGAAAAAAACCAAUAAGAGAAAGAAAAGAAGAAGAAGAAGAAAAAAGAGGGAGAGCAGAGAGAGACAGGAGGAGAAGAAGAAGACCCGCCCCGAUCGCACAAACCCGAAGUAUCCGCCCCGCCCCGCAAAUCCUGAGACCCGGAGGGUACUGUCCAAUGAAGCCGGGUCUCGGGUACCAAUUUUAAUACCCGCCCCGUGCCGCCAUCGUGUCUCUGAAAUUUCACAAGAAAAAUUUGUGGAUGUUCUGAAAUUUCACAAUUCUGUCGCCGUCGUGUCUCUGCCGCCGUUGAAGCCAAAAAGAUUUUGUCUUCCUUCUCUCUACCAACCAUCGAGCGCCUGACACGUGCCACGGCCCAAACGUGCUAGGGAAAAAGGAUUUGUUUUUUCGAGUUUGUUUGUGGAGGAAGAUUAAUUCAUCCUUAUGGAUCACAAAAUUGACCGACUAUCAGUGUUGCCGGAACCUGUUAUGGAGCACAUUCUGUCAUUCAUGCCCUUGAAAAGAACACUUCAACUUAGUAUAUUGUCCAAGAGAUGGCAAAAGGUCUGGACUUUAUUCCCCAUUCCAGAAUUUAAUUCAAACUUCUAUUCGUCAGAUUUAUCAGAUGUGUUUGAUUCGUACGAGAUUUCAGACAAGGAGAAAAAGCAGAAAAUCACAAUAAAGAGGGAGGAGAGAGAGAAGUUCAAUUAUUUUGUGGAGAGAACUUUAGUAAGCCGUUGUAGGCAAAAGCUAGGAUUAAACAAGUUUAAUCUUAAGAUUCUGGUCAUGCAUGAACCGGAUUAUAUUCUUGCAAACCGUUGGAUUGGCUAUGCAAUUGAAUGCAAUGUAAAAGAGUUGAAUCUUUGCUUAAAGUCCUAUUUCUAUGACACUGAUGAGGAGCCUGAUGAUUAUCAAGUGCCUAAGAGUGUUCUAACAGCCAAAUCAAUCGUUAAGUUGAAGUUGUCUGGGGGUAGCUUGAAGUCAUGUUACAGUGAUAUUAAUUUAUCUUCUUUGAGAAAGUUGGUUUUGAAGCGAGUUGAUAUGAAUGACCGAAUUUUCCGAACUCUAAUUUCUGGUUGUCCUGUAUUAGAAGAGAUAACAAUUAGAAAAUGUUACGGGUUGAAAAAUAUACAUCUGCAAAGUCUUCCUAGACUCGUGGCGGUUACAUUGCUCUAUAGUCCUAAACUUAGGAGCUUUAAGUUGGAAGCACCAAAUCUGAAAAAACUACUAGUAGAAUCAACCAUUGUGACAGACAAAUGGCUGUACGACGUCCUUUCUAAACAUCCACUCAUUGAGAGCUUAGAACUACGUGAUUGCAGUAUGUUGAAAAUGAUUAAGAUUUCAAGUGAUCACUUGAAGAGUUUGACAAUUUGUCAUUGCACAAAGUUGAUUGAAGUUGACAUUAUUACUCUUAACUUACAUAGACUCGAGUAUUGUGGUGAUGUUAUAUCAUUUUCUUCCAAUGCUUGGACUCUAUCGGAAGUAAGACUCGACUUUAAGAACUAUGCUCCUUUGGAUGUUAAAAAGAUUGAGUUCCUUGCAAAGUUAAAUCAUCCGAAAUUUUUGGCUUGGGAUGCUAUUGCCAAGAGUGUGAUUGCUUCAAAAGAAUUGAGAGAAACAGUACAAUCCCCAUUAUAUAAUGUCAAGCAAUUGAAGCUAAAAGUACGCAAUCCAUAUAACAUCAUCGAACUUGUGGAUGCCUUGUUAUGGAUUUCUCCUCUUCUAGAGAUUCUUUGGAUAGAAUGGUGGAGAGAUGUCAAUAUAUGUUUCAAGUUCUCCUAUGAAGAUCGUAUUUACAAAUUGAAAAAUCAUAGUUGUUGCAAACUUCUUCCAAUUCUAUGUUGGCGGCAUUGUCUAAAGACUGUCCAAAUUGAAAAUUAUGGAGGAGCUAUCGAAAAAGAGACUCUAAAGAGAUAUUUUUCAAAGAAUGCUGAAAUCUUAGAGAGCUUUCAAUAUAGAAGAUUGCUAAGAUCAAAAACGGUAGAUAAUGUGCAUAUGAAAAGAUUCUAAAAUAAGUUUCUUUUACAUAAUGCAUAAUUCUUUGAAAUUGUCUCCCAAAUAGUGACUUUUAUUUAAAUGGUCUUGUACAAUGUUUUGACUCAAUUUUGCUAAUAUUUAUUUUUACUCUAAAUAAAAAUAUUGCAGGAGGCUGAAUGUUUUGUAAGAUUUA